GCAGGCAGGCAGGAGCGGGGCAGAAGAGGAAGAGGAGGGCUAGUGGGCAGGAGGACGAGGAGCCGCCGCCGCCGCCGCCGCCACUGCUGCCUCUUGGGCUUCUUCAUCUUCCCGUCGGUGCUGCUCCUGCCUUGAGGGCUUCCCUCUCGGAUCUGUCUCUCCGGGCCAUUCUCCGUCUAGGGAAACCCAAGCUCCUUCUCCUCCUUCCUCCUCCCCACUCCACCCGAACUCCGGAGGAAUUUCGCCAUGCUUUCAGUCUUCCCAUCUUUUUAAAUAGAUAUAUUUUUUCACCUUUUUAAAAAUUUUGGCGAGGGGGAGACGGAGACUUGUCAAGGUCACUCCGUGGAUUUAACACCGCUCUUCUGGAUCUCUUUGCCGCCGCCCCCCUUCCUCCUCCUCCUCCUCCUCCUCCUCCCUCUCUCCCCUCGCGCGUCGUCUUCCUGCUGCUCUGUUUGCACGUCGGGUCAUCACUUUCUGUCCGGAUUAUAACCCCCCCCCCUUUUUUUUGGGAUUUUUUAUUUUUUGGUAAGAGAGGAAACAAGGCUGGAUUAGCAGGAAGGCGUGCUUUUUUGUUGUUGUUGCUGCUGCUGUUAUUUCCAGCGCAAUCAAUCAAUCAGUCCAUCCUGGAGGAUUAAUUGCCGUCGCUGAGAAGAGCGCUUUUUGGGGAUGAUGGAGGGCAAAAUCCGACAGAGCCGGAAGUCCCGUUCCCAAAGGGACCGGGUAAGGCGGAGGGACUCCAGCGGCCGGGGCCAAGCCAACCUCCAGAGCCCCUCCUCGGCCUCGGAGAGGGAGGCCAGCCCGGGCAAGGAGAACGCCGGCCAGAACGGCGCCCAGCCCAAAAGCCAGGCGCCGGGGGCCAGGGCCUUGCGACCCCCCCGGCGGCGGAGGCGAGAGUCCAGCUCCCAGGAAGAGGAUUUCAUUGAUGGCUUUGCUAUCGCCAGCUUCAGCACGAUGGAAGCAUUAGAGAAGGACAUGUCACUGAAGCCGCAGGAAAGAAAGGAAAAAUGGGACAGACAUCUGGGAAAGAAACCUCGAGAAUCUGAACACUGCGUUUCUGCUGAGCCCAAUGAAAAAGGUCAAAAUAAGGAUGCUGGGAGUUCGGGGAGAGAGACAGAUAGAGGGAAGGAGCGGGUAAAGAAGAAAAUUCCCUUCAAAGUCCACAAGCAGAUGAAGGUCCCUGCAAAGCGGAGCAACCGGAACAGUGAGGAUGACAGCAUCCGGGAGGCCACGAGCUCCCAGCUCAGCAGCUCCAGGGACUGCCUUAGUGACAGUUCUGCUCAAUCGCUUUCAGGAAAAGGUUAUUCGUGUGACAGUGAGAGCGACAUUGAUGAUAAGGCUUCGGAAGGCUCAGAGAGGCUCUUUUCCCCAGCAGCAACGAAAGGUACAUCCUCGAAUGACAAGGCCGAAGUGAAAGCAGGAGGCAUCCCCAAGGUGUCUGGGCUAGAGCGGAGUCAAGAACUCAACACUGACGUGCCCUUUGUGCUGCCACUCCACAGCCCCCCAGCAACCACUACCGUUGUGACUUCCAACUCCUCUGCACCCACCUCGAGUGCACAGGCAAGCCCUCUACUGAAAAAAGAGCCACGGAUCUCAGUCCCGGCACCUCCCAGGCUCACCCCACAGCCUCAACUGCACUCCCAGCCUCACCCUCGGCCUCAGUCACAGCCUCAGCUGUUGCCCGAUUUUCGGAUUCAACCUCCAAGCCACAUCCCACCUUCUCUCAGUUACCAAGUACACCAUCAGGUGGCCCACAACGGACUCAAUAAUAUCAGUAGAAGCAGCAGUGCCAGUAGCGCAACAAGCAUUAGUCUUCCCAAACAUCUCCCACUCUCACCUCAGAUCCCUCCUCAUCAUCCCUCUGGUCCAGUUUUACCCCUCUCCAUCUCUAACCUUGCUGCCUCGCAUUUCCCUCUCCGAUCUCAGUCCCAACACCAGCAUCAUCCGGCCAUGUUUGCCACCCCUCCUACGCUACCACCUCCUCCAGCAAUACCCACCAACAGCCUUGUGAUCCCAGGUCACCCUGCAGACUACUCCCCUUCAUGGCAAACAGGAAGGCAGUCCCUGACUGCACUAGCCCACUCAGUGCACAUCUCCGCACCUGCUUGUGUGCCAGCCCCAACGCAUCGCAGCCAAUACGAGAUGGAAACUAGUUCGGCCUGCCUGCCAUCUUGCGUCCCUGUUACAGUCUCUCUGCAUACCAGCCUGUUGAUAUCAUUCAACCAACCAAUCAUGUAUUGCCAGCCUCAUUCGGGGAUUCUGAUUGGUACUUUGUCACAGGCAUCUCUCUUACCUCCACCAAUGAGUCCUCACGUAGAAAACCACCACAGCAUGACCUGCAGAAACAGGGAAUGCCAGUUUGACAAGUAUGGUCCCAAACUUGAUAACCCUUAUUUUCGACAUUCUAACUACUUCCCAAGCUACCCUCCAGCAAUGCCUGGAAUGCCACCUAUGCUUCCACAUUCGGGUCCCUUUGGGUCACUUCAGGGAGCCUUUCAGCCGAAGACUUCCAAUCCAAUUGAUGUAGCAAGUAGGCCUGGUCCAGUACACCACACUCUUCUUCAGAAGACUCCAGGGGUGUCUGACCCCUAUCGGGCUCCUGUACGAGUAAGUAAGAAACCUGGCAAGUGGUGUGCUGUUCAUGUACAGAUUGCUUGGCAGAUCUACCACCACCAGCAGAAGAUAAAGUACCUCCUGUGGAAUAUGGAGUGUUAUCCUGUUCAGAGUGAAAUGAGCGGUACGGUGAAGGACAUUUUACAAAACAUAGAGCAGCAAAUGCAGCUGGAUCCUCACAAGCUAGAAAUAGGUGGGAAACUUGACCUAUUCAGCAGACCUCCUGCUCCCAGCGUGUUUCCUGGCUUCCACUAUCCACAAGAUCUUGCUCGACCGCUCUUUUCCACAACAGGUUCUUCCCACCCAGCUUCCACUCCUUUUGGGCCUUCACCACAUCACAGCAGCUUCCUGCCUACUAGCCACUUGGCAGGUAGGUAUCCAUUUAGCAGGUCAAGCACCUUCAGCAGCCUUGGGAACUUAGGCAGCAAUGCCUUUGGAGGAUUAGGCAGUCAUACUCUGAGUCAUAAUAGUAUUUUUGCUCACAAAGAUGGCCCCGGAGUCCAGAGCUUCAGCAACCCACAUGAGCCAUGGAACAGGCUCCACCGGACUCCGCCAUCCUUCCCAACACCUCCUCAGUGGCCCAAACCAGGUGAUUCAGAGCGGAGCUCCUCUGUGACAAAUCACGACCGAGAUCGAGACUUGGAAAAGAGGGAUCUCUCAAGUAAAGAAGACCGAGACAAGGAGAGAGAUGUCCUGGAUAAAAGUAGACAUUCAACUAGAUCCUCGCCCGCUUCAGCUCCAGUGACUCACCAGAUCAGCAACCUCAUUCGCAGCAACAGCCAGACCUCCAAUGAUCCUUCAAGGCAAGCUGGGCUCAGUGACAGGGAAAGAUCUAAAGAGCCUGAGCGAGAAAGGGAAAUUCCUGACCGGCUGAGGGAUCCUCCUCCAGGUGUGGAGCACAAGAUCAAAGAAAGCCGAUCCCCCAUAAAGGAAUCACCAAGCCAUGAAAAAAGAUCCACAGAAGACAACACAAAGCCAGUAAUCCAGUCUGUAUCACCCUACAGCAAGCCUGCACUAAGCGAGAACUUAAAACUCAGCAAUUUAAUGAACAAGGACAUUGAAAGAAAACCAGAGCUUCCAACAGACCUUCAGAAGAUUAAAAAUGACAUCAAGGUCAAAGAAGAGUGUAAGGAGGAUGGUGAUAUAAUGGUUGUGAGCUCAGAACCUUCACAACAUUCCAGAACUGUUGAACACCCACCGCCUUCUUUGCACGGGUUACCACUGCCCCAUACAAUGGCAGCUACCAUGCCCAUCUCCAUGAGCAGUGUCCACCAGAUGAACAACAUGAAUGUCCUGGAUCGUAGUAGAAUGAUGACACCUCUAAUGGGCAUGAAUUCAUUGUCAGGAAGGGAGAGACUGCCCCACCCUGGCUUUUCCUGGGACACAGUGAGGGACCCAUUACGUGAUGCCUAUCGGAGCUUAGACCUCCAUCGUCGGAUGGACUUCCAGCUCAGAACAGAUCCCAUUCACAGAUUCCCCACCACCUCUGGCUUUUAUGACCAUGAGCGCUCUUACCGGGAUAGAGAACCCCACGACUAUAACCACGAGAAUCUUCUGGAAGCUCGGCGUGAGCAGGAACGGCUCAGGCAAGCUGAGGAGAGGGAGCGGUUGCACUUACGGGAAGAACUUGAACGGGCCAGGAUGCACCACUUGCACUCAUCCCCUAUUGAAAGCCACCUGGCGCAUGUGCCCUCCUUCAUGCCUCAUCUCAGUGGGAUCCACUAUCCCAGGCUCAGCCCCUCGGCCGCCAUGCACAAUGGGAUUUUGAAUAGAAACCCCCCCACAGCCGCCCUGAGUGCCCCACCCCCUUUGGUCCCCGCAAGUACGACUAGACCUUCCUCCCCCCGCCGGACUACUCCACUGACAAACUCAGAGUCAAGAGACUAUUCUCCUUCUAGGAAUCCCAAAGAAGUUGAGGCGCGAUAGUUCCUUUCCAACAAACAGAAUGAAUUUCAAAACUCACCUGUAAAUAUCGGGGGAAGGUUGCAGUAGAGGGGAGGAAACUUUUUAAAAAAUGCACUGCUGUAAACUUUUUUUUAAAUGUAAAAUUUGUAGAAAUUAAGCACAGUUCCAUAAAUAAUUGGGGAGAUGGGAAGGAAGGCCAUAGUAAGCCUUCCAAUCAAAUGGUUGCUGAAAAUUGAAAUUUAAUAUAUAGGUCUUCAGUUUGUUUUGGUUUUGCUUCUGUGCUGAUUUAAACUAUUACAAAGUUUGUACAUGUCUUCCCCAAAUAUGAGAAACAUUUUUAAUGAAUUUGUAUUUUUUUUAACUUGAUGAUCUUCUUUCACAUAAAAAAAGGCUUUUCUUUUUAGUUUGAAUUUUAAUGGCCUCUGAUCCUCAAGUCAAAGCAAAACACAUCUGGGGUUUCUUAACAUAUUAUUUAUGGAAAUACACUAGUUUCAUCCUGUCCACUGUGAGGUUCCUGAAUUGAGGCCACUCACUUCGCUUGGUAUUUUUUGGAACUGAAGUUACAGAUAUAUAUUAAAAUUAUUAUUAUUAUUAUUAUUAUUUACAAAACUGUUGGGUUUUGCCUUAUAGUAUGAAGAGAUGAAUUUUUGUUAACUUCUUGUUUUAAACAAAGAAGAAAACAAUAUGUAAAUAUUCUGUUAAUAUAAAUGUACACCAAUAUUGAAUUCUUAACAUAGGUAGACUUUAUAAAAAAUGGUUUCUAGAACCACUCUCUGGUUAUUUGUUAACAUUAUUCCAACUCAUUAUUAUCGCUGUCUGGAUAAAAGCCGGCACACUUUUUAAAAACCCAGCAAAUCGUGGCAUAUAUCCUUCAACUAUGCAAAAGAUUUUGGAGGCAGGUCCUCACUGAUGCGGGAGCAGGGGGAUAAGGACAAAAACCAUUUACAAAACAACCCCCCCCCCCCAAAAAAAGCAAUCAUCCCAAAGCAUCUGACAAACAUGCAGCUUUGUAGAACGGCAAUAGUUACAUUGAAAAGGAUGUUUGUUACACACACAUACACACUCACGUUCAAAUAUGAACCCAAUUUCAAUUUUGUCUGAAAAGUUGAAUACAUGAUUCACAGUAAGGCUCUAAAAAGGUAGAUUACUUUUUCUGAUAGAAGCCAGAUGGAACCAACGCAACCAUAUGCUACAGAUCCCAUGUUUUGCCAUUCCCUAUGUGUACAUAUUUUUUCCCGCUGUGGCAAGACACAUGCACAAGUAAGAAGUUACUGCAGUGGAUCCCCUUUGGUUCAAGGCAGUCUUCAUAUUUAAAUUAGUAUGUUAGAGUAUUAAUAGUGCAAAAAAAGAUCAAAUGAUUAAUUUAAAAUACUCUCUUUAAGAUUGCUCUCUGUAAUCUGCAAUGACCUACUCAAUUGUUUGUUUCAGUGUGAGUUUGUGCCUUGAAUUUUGUUUUUAGGGCACCAUGUUAAGUUUGACUUCCAAUUUGACUUCCUAUAUUUGCAUUUUGCUAUGACUCAAUCAAAUGGACUUUCAUUUUAAACAGUCCUUCAAAAUGGUUUGGGAGGGAAUGGGGAGAGGACGGGGAAUGAGUUUUAGUCCUGUCUAGAAUCUGAUUGGCAAGAAAUUUGACUUUUUAAAAAGGCAUAUAGAGGUACAUGCAGUCCCCCCAUCUCCCCCCCCCCCCAACACACACACACACACUAUGUUAGGGAUCUACCUGCAGAAGCGCCCCUUCCGUAUUCAGAAUGCCCCAGCUUGUUGCGGGGAAAGCCAUGUUCUACUGUAUCAUCUCCCUCUUUUUUGGCUACAGUAUUCAUGUUUUGAUAUUAUCCUGGAUUUCUGCUUCCCAGUUAACUCCAUCACCUGCUGGUAUUUUCUUUCCUUGACUGUCUGUAUUUCCCCCUGCCAGCCUUCUCUCUGCAUCCCCUGUAAUUUUAAACAUUUGGUUUCUUUGUAGAUCAUUGAAGAUAAAUACAGCAUUGAUUUUGGAUGAAAAAGGUAGUUAAGUAUUUGUGUGUCAGAUCUAGUCAGAGCUACUGCCGGGAGGGAGAGGGAGAGUAAAUGGUUAUUGAUAAACGUGCUCAGCCUAUUAACGCUGCCAGACCUUUGGCAAAUUUUGAUCAUUAAAGAGUCGUGCAGUUCA